CCAUCUUGAUAGUCCAGGGCACCGUCGCUCCCAUCGCGCAGGGAGGGGAUGGAGCAGCCUGCUACCCGGGCUGGAACCAGGACAACCCGCGGCCGCCGCCUCCACGACGCCCUAAUGGACUGAGGCCGGCCUCGAUGCGCCUUUUCUUCCCAUCCUCGGUCGACCAUGACUCGGGUUCGUCUCUGGUGUCAGUGAAGCCUGGGCCAGGGGGUCAGAGGUCGUCCACCCCAACCUGCACUUUUCCCUCUCUCACCCCUGCACCGCCCCUCCUCUCCCCCGCCCCACACCUUACCCCGCCUCACCCGAGGACCGGACCAAACCCUAGAACGCACGCACACACUCGGGCCCCAAGAUGAUGUGCGAGGUGAUGCCCACCAUCUCGGAGGACGGGCGCGGCGGCGGCGGAGGAGGCGGCUCGUCCUCGCCGGCGGGAGGCGGAGGAGGCACAGCCGUCGGGGGCUACGGCAGCAGGGACACCCGCGGAGGCGGAAGCGACGAAGGGGGCAGCACGGGAAACCUGGAGUCCCUGAUGGUCAACAUGCUGACGGAGAGGGAGAGACUGCUGGAGAGCCUGAGAGAGACCCAGGACAGUCUGGGGACGGCGCACCUCCGCCUGCGGGAGCUGGGACACGAGAAGGAGUCGCUCCAGAGGCAGCUGUCCAUCGCGCUCCCACAGGAAUUUGCCGUGCUGACCAAAGAGCUGAACCAGUGCAGGGAGCAACUGUUGGAGCGAGAGGAGGAGAUCGCCGAGCUGAAGGCGGAGCGCAACAACACCCGACUGCUGCUGGAACACCUGGAGUGGCUGGUGUCCCGUCACGAGCGCAGCCUGAGGAUGACGGUGGUGAAGAGGCAGGGGGUCUCCAGCGAGGUGGAGGUCCUGAAGGCCCUCAAGUCCCUCUUUGAGCACCACAAGGCUCUGGACGAGAAGGUCCGAGAGCGACUGCGCGUGGCGCUGGAGCGCGUAGCCACACUGGAGGAUGAGCUGCAGUCGUCCUCGCAGGAAGUUGUGUCGCUGCGAGAGCAAAUCAAGCGGCGACAGCAAGGACUGGACAAGGAGGUGGUUUCCGCUGCACGUUCCAACAUCAAAGUUCCUCAUUCACUCCAUAAACGUUCUCCACAGCGCCUGCCCAACGGCCCGUCCUCCAUCUUGGAUGAUGGCGAGAUUGAGCGACAGAGGGAGGGCGAGAUUGAGCGCCAGAGAUCGGAGCUGGGUCAGCUAAAGGAGAGACUGGCCCUCAUGUGCAGACAGGUGGGAGAGAUUGAGGAGCAGCUGACGUCCGCCAGGAGGGAGCUGGCCCGGUCGGAGGAGGCCAACCAGAAGCUCCAACGGGAUGUGAAGGAGGCGCUGUGUCAAAGAGAGGACAUGGAGGAGAGGAUCACCACACUGGAGCGCAGGUACCUGAGCGCCCAGCGGGAGGCGACAUCUCUCCACGACAUCAAAGACAAGCUGGAGAACGAGCUGGCCAGCAAGGAGUCUCUCUACAGACAGAGCGAGGAGAAGAACCGUCAGCUGCAGGAGCGCCUGGAUGAUUCCAAGCAGAAGUUGCAGCAGACCUUGCAGAGAGCAGAGACGCUCCCGGAGGUGGAAGCUCAGCUGGCUCAGAGGGUGGCGGCCCUCAACAAGGCCGAGGAGCGUCACGGAAACUUUGAGGAGCGCCUGCGACAGAUGGAGGCACAACUGGAGGAGAAGAACCAGGAGCUGCAGCGGGCGAGGCAGCGUGAGAGGAUGAAUGACGAGCACAACAAGCGUCUCUCAGACACAGUGGACAAGCUGCUGUCUGAGUCCAACGAGAGGCUGCAGCUGCACCUCAAGGAGAGGAUGGCCGCCCUGGAGGAGAAGAACGCCCUUUCUGAGGAGCUGUCCAACAUGAAGAAACUUCAGGAUGAUCUCCUGGUAAACAAGGACCAGCUGAUAGCGGAGCUGGAACGUCUUCAGCUGGAGUUGGACCAACUGAGGGCGAGGCCCGGCGGCUCUUAUUCCAGUCGAUCCCUGCCUGGCAGCGCUCUGGAGCUGCGGUAUUCCCACGGGAGCGGGUCUCUCCCGAUGGGCUCCACCACUCACCUGGAUGCCUUCGGUAACUCCUCACUCGGGGGCGGAGUCAGGCGGAGUCACCGCGCCCGUUGGAGCUCGGUGCGCGAGGACGCCACAAAGUAUACCGACUGGGAUACAGGGGCUCUGCUGGGGGCGGGCUACGAUCACGGCGUGGACGUGUGCUGCUCCGACGACGACGACGACGGCGACGGCGACCAUCGCUUCGGCUCGGAGCUGCUGUCCCCCAGCGGACAGACAGACGUGCAGACGCUGGCCAUCAUGCUGCAGGAACAGCUGGAGGCCAUCAACAAGGAGAUCAAGCUCAUCCAGGAGGAGAAGGAGAACACGGAGCUGCGAGCCGAGGAGAUCGAGAGCCGAGUCAGCAGUGUGGCUCUGGACAGUCCGCCCAUGCCGCCGUCCACGCUUGGGAGGGACGGCACGGGGCGGGGCUUCAUCCCUUCCUCCAUCACCUCCUCCACGCUGGCCUCUCCCUCGCCGCCCAGCUCGGGACACUCCACCCCUCGCCUUCCGCACUCACCUGCCCGCGAGAAUGACAGACAGAACAACAAAGACGACGAGCGCUCCCUCGCCCUCCUGGACUCCACGCCUCCUCCCACGCCACGCGCGCUGCGGCUGGACAGGAUGACGCUCACCCACCCUGGGGCGAUGCUGGAAGACUUCCGCAGUCUGUCAGCAGAUGGCAGCAGCACCAACAGCAGCCAGGAUUCUCUGCACAAGUCCAGCAAGAAGAAGAGCAUCAAGUCUUCCAUCGGACGACUUUUUUGGAAGAAGGAGAAGGGCAGGAUGGGUCAGCCUGGACGGGAUGGCUCUUCUUCUCUCGCAUCGACGCCUUCAGAAGACAUGGCCCCUGGAGACCCCAUGGGUUUGAACAAGACCGGCACUUUGGGUCCAGCAGACAAAGAUCGUCGCAGCAAAAAGAAGCACGAGCUCUUAGAAGAAGCGUGUCGCCAAGGUCUGCCCUUCGCGUCCUGGGAUGGACCCACUGUGGUGUCCUGGCUGGAGCUGUGGGUGGGAAUGCCGGCCUGGUACGUGGCGGCCUGCCGAGCCAACGUGAAGAGCGGCGCCAUCAUGGCCAACCUGUCCGACACGGAGAUCCAGCGUGAGAUCGGCAUCAGCAACCCGCUGCACCGCCUCAAACUACGCCUGGCCAUCCAGGAGAUGGUGUCCCUCACCAGCCCGUCAGCCCCUGCCAGCACUCGCUCCUCGACCAGCAACGUUUGGAUGACCCACGCCGAGAUGGAGUCCCUGAACGCAGCAACCAAGCUGCCGGAGCUGAAGGAGUUCAGCUGGGAUCAGAUUCUGGCGUACGGCGACAUGAAUCACGAGUGGGUGGGCAACGACUGGCUGCCCAGCCUGGGCCUGCCGCAGUACCGUAGCUACUUCAUGGAGUCGCUGGUGGACGCCCGCAUGUUGGACCAUCUGACCAAGAAGGAGCUGAGAGGACAGCUCAAGAUGGUGGACAGCUUCCACAGGGUCAGCUUGCAUUACGGCAUCAUGUGCCUCAAGCGCCUCAACUACGAUCGCAAGGAGCUGGAGCGCAGAAGGGAGGAGAGCGUCCACCAGAACAAAGAUGUGAUGGUGUGGUCCAACGAGCGGGUCAUGUGCUGGGUGCAGAACGUGGGCCUGAAGGAGUACGCCGACAACCUCCGCGAGAGCGGCGUCCACGGCGCCCUGCUGGCCCUCGACGACACUUUCGACUACACGGACCUCGCCCUGCUGCUGCAGAUCCCCAAUCAGAACACGCAGGCCCGACAGCUCCUGGAUCAGGAGUACAACUCACUCAUCACCUUGGGAACGGAGAGACGACCUGAUGAGGAUGGAACCAAGACGUUCACGCGCUCGCCUUCAUGGAGGAAGAUGUUCCGAGAGAAGGACCUGCGGGGUGUGACCUCCGACUCCGCCGAGACCCUGCCUGCUAACUUCCGUGCCUCCGCCAUCGCCACGCCCUCCGUCACCCUCAGGAAGGUUCAGAGUGACGCCAGCUCUGGUGCCCGGGGUGAGUCUGCCUCCGUGAGGACGUACUCCUGCUGAGGGCGCCACCGACCACGCCGACACCCUCGGAGGGAGCGUCCCAACACUUCAAGUCUGCAAUAACACGCACGGACGGGAACGGGAUGAAGCCAUGAAUGUGUCCUCCCAGCUGGAAGGUACAUCAGAUGUUCUUUGUGGACCAGCUAACGUGUCUUCAUUUCUUCUCUUCAACUAGUCUUUGUUGGCCAACAAGAAGAGGACGUAAACCAGUCAGAGUGACAAAGCGGGGCUCCGUUGUGACGCGAGCAGUAAAACAUGGCCGACGCCGAGACUCAAACCACAUCACAGGGACGCUCGUCGUCCUUUUGUCUUGAAAGCCGAUACGCCCAGGAAGCUCUUUUUCGAGGCAGACCAUAAUAAUAGGCAUCAAAUGCUCCGUGGGGGGAGCGGCGGGGGGGUUGUCACACAGGCAUGGGGUUCAACCGUCUUGUGGCAGAAACGUAUCUACAAAUUAGAGGUGACUCUGCAGACUGUAAGGACUAAAGUAUCGGGACACAAAACCAAAAACCAGAAAACACAUGCAAAUGAUAAUUGCUGCAAUUUCAAAAAUCCUGCAUGAUCAAAAACACAAAUGCCAAAAACAACCAAACUGUAGUUUUUUUUUGUUUUGUUUUUACAGAAUAUUCUACAAAUUUUUUACCUAAAUUAGGUAUAAAAAAUGUCGAAAUGCUACAGCAGUAUGGGCCACUUGAUAAGACCGAACCAAUCAGAAAGCGCUGUUCAGUAUUGUGGACACCGAUUGGCUCUGCCUCGGGCAGCAUAACUAUAUUGGAUUGUAAACGUGACUAAAGGGUGUUAAAAAAUAUUUAGAAGGUCUUAAAAAAACAAGUUUUUAUGCUAUGAAAAUGUUCCAUUUAUAGUUAAUGAUUCGUACUUUGCAUAAAUUAAUACUCCACGGUCAGGCCUGAAACCAAUCAACAUCAAUAAACAAAGAGCGACUACUAUAAGAGAAAUGCUGCAAGUUGCCAAGAAUACUGGGAAGUUAGCAAUGCUACCCGGAAGUUAGCAAUCUUACCAGGAAGUUAACAAUGCUAUCAGGAAGUUAGCAAUGCUACCAGGAAGUUAGCAAUCUUACCAGGAAGUUAACAAUGCUAUCAGGAAGUUAGCAAUGCUAUCAGAAAGUUAGCAAUCUUACCAGGAAGUUAACAAUGCUAUCAGGAAGUUAGCAAUGCUACCAGGAAGUUAGCAAUGUUACCAGGAAGUUAGCAAUGCUACCAGGAAGUUAGCAAUCUUACCAGGAAGUUAACAAUGCUAUCAGGAAGUUAGCAAUGCUACCAGGAAGUUAGCAAUGUUACCAGGAAGUUAGCAAUGCUACCAGGAAGUUAGCGAUGUUACCAGGAAGUUAGCAAUGCUGCCAGGAAGUUAGCAAUGUUACCAAGAAGUUAGCAAAACUAUCAGGAAGUUAGCUAGGCUACCAGGAAGUUAGGUAGCCUGAAUAAUGAAUUGUGAUUGUUUUUAUGAUAAAUUAUUUUUGUAUUUUAUGAUUUUUUUUAUUCGAAUUAUGACUAUUUUCAUUGUUAUUUAUUUUUUUAUUUGUGCCGUCUUGUACUGUAAUUUGCUGUAAAAUAGUCUGAAUUGCCUUGUGUACGAAUUGUGCUCUAUAAAUAAACUUGCCUUGCCUUGCUUAGGCUACCAGGAAGUUAGCCAGGCUACCCGGAAGUUAGCUAGGCUACCUGGGGCACCAGACCUUGAAAGAUUUUUUAAAAAAUUGGCAGAGUGAAAAGGUACAUUUUUGAUUAUGUUGUUUGGGAUAUACAGUAUAUGUCUGCUGAUCCAUAGUAGCCUAACUCACUUUGGUUUUUGUUCUGGGAACUUGCAGCAUCUCUGUCAAAUGUGUCACAUGUGUUUGAUCUGUUUUUGGCAUUUGCAGCAUUUUUUUCCCGCAUGUUUUUCAUCGUGUAGCGUUUUUGUGUUUGAAGCCUUUUUAAUAGUGUUUGGGUUUACAUGAUUUCUGUAUUUGGACUGUUUGCUCCUUAGGGCCACUGUUAAUAAUCAAUCAAUCAAUAGGAGGACUUUGGUUAUGUUCACACUGCAGGUCAAUUCAGGUCCUUUUUUUUGCCCACUUUUUUCCAAAUCCAACUCAGGUCUCUUUUGUACAUGGACAUAAAUUCGAUUUUAUAUCCAGUCUGUACGUACAGGGUGCGUUCAUCUGACACGUGUCAUCGAAAAGCAACAAAUGUCAUAAUUCUGGUGGGAAGGGCUAAUUUUUACUCAUUUUAAAGGGGGCGCUGGAGAGCCAAUUUUAAAAUGUCACCAUACCUGACAUUCCUGCAAUUUGAUGACUUUUUGUGCAUGUUGGGGGCCUCAAAAAGGUAUCAAAAUGUAUAGAAAAAUAAUAAUUGAAGCUGCGAACAGCGUAGAUCGAGCCCUUGCACUCUCGUGCCACUUGGGGUUCAUGCGAGUCAGCGGGUACGCAUGACGCACAUACUUGCCAACCCUCACGAAUUUUCCGGGAGACUCCCGAAUUUCAGUGCGUCCCCCGAAAAUCUCCCGGGACAGCCAUUCUCCCGAAUUUCUUCCGAUUUCCAGCCGGACAACAAUAUUGUCCUGAGUGAGGACAGCCUGUCGUCACGUCCGCUUUUCCUCCACAUAAACAGCGUGCCGGCCCAGUCACGUUAUAACAUCUACGGCUUUUGGAGAGUGCACAACUGCACACACAACAAGAAGGAGACGAAGCAGAAGAACGAAGAAGAGACAUGGCGACGACGAGUAAGAAGAAGAAGUACGCUUUCAAGUUCCAAAAUGAUUGGAAACAAGAAUUUCAGUUCAUCCAGGACAGCUCGAAGGGGAAGGGGUAUGCUGCUUGCAAAUUUUGUAAGAUCAGAUAUAUAUAUAUAUAUAUAUAUAUAUAUAUAUAUAUAUAUAUAAGAAAUACUUGAAUUUCAGUGAAUUCUAGCUAUACUCCUCCCCCCUUAACCCCGGCCCCUUAACCCCGACCCCGCCCACCUAAAAAAAACACACAAAAAAACAAUCUCCCGAAUUCGGAGGUCUCAAGGUUGGCAAGUAUGAUGACGCAUACGGUCUAAUGUUAACAUGCUAACCAAUAGCAUGUGUCAAGUACCAGGUUAUAUGACUUUAAGGUGUAUGGCUACAAAAUUGGCUAAAAAAGUUACCAAUAUCAUGUUAGCAUGCUACUGUUAACAUGUUAACGUUAGCAUGCUAACAGUUAGAUUGUGUCAAGUACCAAGUUAUACGACUAAUGUGUACGGGUUUAAAAUUGGCAAAAAAAAAAGUUAGAAUGAGAAUGUGUGAAUGUUGUCUGUCUAUCUGUGU